GUAAUCCUCACCAAUUAAUAGGAUAGGAAGUUAAAUACACAGUCGUUUCUUUUUAAAAAUGGUUCGAAUAAAGCCUUUCUGACCACAGACCAGCAUUUCAAAAUUCACUACAGAGACUAAUAUACAGGAUGUAUAAAUUAAGUGUCUUUAUUAUUCUGAGCAAUAUUCAUAUUAUUUGGUGCUACACCAUAGCACAGGAAACUCAACUUCACACAGAUUUAUUUAAUGGCUACCAGAAGGCGAUCAGACCAGGAGCAGAUAGAACAAAACCGCUCUCCAUCUCAGUGAACUUUAUGUUUAUCAGCAUCAAAGAAUUCAGUGAGGAAGAGAGUAAACUGGCCGUCAUCGGAGCAUUAAAGUUCGGCUGGCAGGACAAUCGUUUAGCUUGGGAUAAGAACAAUUAUGGCGGUGAUCUAAUGGACACAUCUGUUCUGCAAGAAACAGUUUGGAUUCCAAAUGUCAUCAACCUGAAUUGUUUUUCCACCAUGAAACCUUUGGGUUCUGACUCUCUAAGUGUUAGAGUCUUUGAUAGUGGUGCAAUUUCCUGGAUCCCUCCGGUUCUCAUUGAGAGCACGUGUGACGCUGAUGUGACGUACUACCCGUUUGAUUCACAGACAUGUGUAAUGAGAUUUUAUAUUCCCGGCUUCUAUCCGUCUGAUGUAAUUUUUUCUCCAGGGUCCUCCGAGGCUGACAUGUUUCAAUAUGAAGAAAACAAUCUCUGGAAGAUUACAGCUACCAGGGUGGACACGGUUCUGAAUUCAUUGUCUUUCCAAGAACUUCGUAUUCAUAUUGAGAUGACCAGGCGGUCCAGUUACUAUAUUGCUGGACUGAUUCUUCCAAUCUGUUUGAUGAGUUUUCUUCAGAUAAUGGCCUUCAUUCUUCCCGAGGAAUCAGGAGAAAGGGUCGGUUUUUCUAUCACCGUGUUGCUAGCGGUAGCAGUGUUUCUUACCAUCAUCCAGGAUAAUCUACCAGAGGCUUCAGAACCAAGCGUCUCUUUGUUAGCUUACAAACUCUUGGGAGACGUUUUGCUAGGAGCGGUAAUUACAACAUCAGUUAUAUUUGGCUCUGCUAUUUAUCAUAAAGAAGGAACGAGUCCUAUCCCAUCAGCUAUAAAAAAGCUGGUUUCAUGCUUUAAAACCUGCUGCAAAAAAUCACCUAAAGUGACGGUUGUGGUGGUUGAGAAAAAAAUACAACCGGAAGACGCUGUUAGUGAAUCGCAGGAUGAUGACGCAAUAUCCUGGCGAGAUGUCGGAAAGUGGUUUGACAAAUGUUGUCUUUUAUUUUUUACUCUGUGUUUGUCAGUGAAUAAUAUCAUUCUUAUGAUUUUUAUCGCAAGUGCUAAAUAAUAUGUAUCGAUUUUUGCCUCAGCGUACUAGUUAAGACCUUAAACACAUUUAAUUUUGGAUAUUUUGGUACAAUUAUUUACUGUAGUUUUAUUACUUGUAACACUAAAUGGAGAGCAUUGGCUGACAA